AUGCAAGAAGCUAAACUUAACAUAGACAACACUGAAGGCUUUUUAAAAUAUUGUAGAGAUUGGGAAGGUGUUUUUCAAGAGGCCAAUGGUAUUGCAGGUGGGCUAGGUAUCUUGUGGAAGCGAGAUAGUGUGAAAGUAAAUCUCUCUGAGAAAGCAGAGAAUUGGAUGAUAUGUAAUGUGUAUAGCAUGAGGGAGAAUUUAGACUUUCCAUCAAUUAAUGUAUAUGGACCAUCAAAUACUGCAGAGAAGACAAAGUUAUGGAAUAUUCUUACAAACAAGAUUAAGGAUUUAGGGAGAGACAGGGUUGUUGUGGCAAGGGAUUUUAAUACCUUAUUGGAUUUGGAUGAGAAAAAGGGGGGUCUGAGGAUGACUAAUAAGGUGAUGGAUGAUUUCAGAGAAUUUGUUGUGCGAAAUCAUUUAGUGGAUGUCAUAGCCAAAAAUGGUCAAUAUACAUGGACCAAUAGAAGAGUAAACUUUGCAAAUAUUUCUGAAAGAUUGGAUAGGCACUUUAUUGGAGAAUAUUGGAUGGAGUCUUCCUUCCAAACAGAGGCUUGCAUUCUCCUUGUUUCACUAUCCGAUCAUUUCCUUGUUGAAUUAAAAUUGAGUGAAGGUAAACCUAAGGGGUUGAGUAGCUUCAAAUUCCUAAGUAUGUGGUGGAGAGAUGGGGAGUUUUCGCCCAAUCUUGGACGGUGGUGGAAAGAAAGUAAUAUUUUCAGGGGUACCCCUAGCUUUUGCUUUGUAAAAAGAAUGAAGUUUUUGAAGGAAAAAAUCAAAAGGUGGAAUAGAGAGUGCUUCAAAAACAUUUUUGAAGAAAAAAUCCAAAUUGAAGAAGCACUUUUGCAAAUAAAUUCGGACACCAUUUUGAGGGGUAUGACCAAUGACACAUUCCGGAGAGAAAAAGCACUAAAGGAGGAGCUGGCAAAGGUUUUACUAAGAGAAGAAAUAUUCUGGAGAGACAAAUCCAAAGAACUCUGGAUCAAAGAAGGAGAUGCAAAUACAAAAUUCUUUCAUGCGUCGGUCAAGACAAAGCGUGGCAAAAAUAGAAUUGAUACUGUCAUGGAUCAAAAUGGCACAUUUCAUUCUUCCUUUGAGGCUAUAGAACAGUUAGCAGUUAAUAAUUUCAAAAUAUUGUUGCGCAAUGACAAUGGAGGGAAAAAUAUUUAG